UAAAUUGGAGACUCGGCCUGGUGCGUUCUCUCCUCGCCGCCUGACUCCCCCCUCUCCACCAGGAUAACAGGGAAGGGAGCUCCGCGACGUCCCUUUAUAAACCACAAGGAUAUUGAUCGGAUUUCUUCCUUGUAAUAGCUGAUCAGCUUCCAAGAUCGUUAUGGCAUCCGCCCAAGAUACGAACGGUGACGGCACUGAUCUGGUUCUGGUAGAAGAAUAUGGGUUUACAAGGAUAUUAGCUCUGAACAGGCCUCGGCAAUUGAAUGCCCUCUCUUUUCCAAUGAUUAUGCGACUGCUGAAGCUUUUCGUUGCUUAUGAGGGUGAUCCUAAAGUCAAGUUAUUGAUAAUGAAGGGAAAUGGAAGAGCAUUUUGUGCUGGAGGAGAUGUUGCUGCAGUUGCCCAUUCAAUAACUGAAGGUCAUUGGACUUUUGGUGCAAACUUUUUCCGGAAUGAGUUUACCUUGAAUUAUAUAAUUGCAACUUACAGCAAACCUCAGGUUUCCAUUCUUCAUUCAAUUGUCAUGGGAGGUGGGGCGGGUGUUUCCAUACAUGGGAAAUUUCGAGUUGCCACAGAGAAAACGGUUUUUGCAAUGCCAGAAACAGCAUUGGGGUUGUUUCCAGAUAUAGGUGCUUCUUAUUUUUUGUCAAGGCUUCCUGGAUUCUUUGGGGAAUAUGUUGGUUUGACUGGUGUUAGGCUGGAUGGCCCUGAAAUGCUUGCAUGUGGCCUUGCUACUCACUUUGUCCCUUCGAUGAAAUUGGCUUUGCUGGAAGAAUCACUUACUAGGGUGGAUACUUCUGAUCCUAAUGUCAUUUGUGCAAUCAUUGAUCGGUUCUCGCAGCAAGCGCCAGUGAAAGAAAGUAGUGCUUAUAAUAGGUUGGAUUUAAUUGAGAAGUGCUUCUCUAAAAGGACAGUUGAAGAAAUUUUAUCUGCUCUUGAACAAGAGGCUGAAAAUGGAGCUAUUGAAUGGAUCACGGCUGCAAUUCAGUCAUUGAAGAAGGCAUCACCUAUCAGUCUGAAAAUCUCUCUCAGAUCGAUCAGAGAAGGGAGGCUGCAAGGACUUGAUCAAUGCCUCAUCCGAGAAUACAGAAUGUGUUGUCAUGUUUUGCGUAAAGAAGUCAGCAAGGAUUUCUUUGAGGGUUGUAGGGCUAUAUUGGUGGAUAAAGACAGAAACCCAAAGUGGGAGCCCUCCAGACUGGAUCUAAUAGAUGACAAAAUGGUUGAUCGGUAUUUUUCCAAGGUUGAUGACUGGGAAGACUUGAAACUUCCUACAAGACGUGGCUCAGCUGCAGCAUCCAUAUCAAAACUUUAAAAGGAUUAUAAGGAGUUGGUCUGCUGCAACCUAUUGUAACAAUUAAAAACUGGCAUAGGAGAAAGCAACAGUGUAAGAUUUAAUAAGAGAGCUGCCAUUAGUGUAUCUCCAAAUAAUAUGGGGACACCAGAUUUGUAAGUUAAUAGCUAUAAUUUGUUUCUUACAGCAUAUAUCAAUGAUGGAUUAUAAAAGCAACUGUUGUGGCUUCA